GCUCAGCAAAGUUCUGGUUCUGUUCGUCAAGUUCCUCACCAAUAGCAUCACUGUGUAGCUUUAUUCUAUUUAUGUUUGGUUUGAUUGCUUCAUAUGCUUUAUCUUUGUAUUCAUCAUCUUUGGCAUAAGCAAGCUCAUUUCUUUGUAUUUCAUUUUGCUCUUUUGUCAGCUCAUGGUUGACUACGGCUUCUUGGAUCUUAUCUUCAGUCCCUCUAGUAUCAAUAGCAUAGUUAUUAGCGUUCUUUGGUUUUCUUUUGAAUCAGCUCUUGACAUACCCCCAGAAGGACUCGUAAUGAUGUUAAACAAAAUGAGCUUUCAUCAAAUUGUAACCAGUAAUAUUAUACACAAGUCUACAUCAUGGCAACCACUGAAGCUUACGUUGGUGCUGCUCUUUGUCUUCGUGACCAAGUUGUCUGAGUUUAACUUCUUCGUGGGCCUUAAUGACUGCAGCUCCACUUUUGAACACUUAACUGUUUGGCGCUGCUGCUGGAGGUAUGUCGGCUGCUUUGAGAGUGGCCUACAUCUGGCUUUCUUGGAAGUCUUUGCUUUGCUGUUGCCUGCUAUCUCCUCUGGAGUUGUGGCUGCUGGAGACUUUGUGUUCAAGCCUGCUGAUGCUCUUCUGCAUUGCCCGGAAUUUAUGUUCGCACUUCAGAAUGCCUUUAUAGAUUUUGCGUCUGAACAUGAAUGAUGAGUAGAAGCUGAUGAGAACACCGAAGCAGACUUCGAAGAGUUCGAAAAUACCACCAAGAAUUCCAGUGACUUUGAGGAAGUUGAGGACUCUUCUGCGAUAUUGGCCAAUCAAACUGUUUUAAGAAAUGUAUAA